AUGCCACAGAAAAAAUGGACCAAGGACCAAGAGGAGUUCCUUGCGAGUUACUUGAUGCAAUAUCGGGCAUGUACCGUGUCCAGGAAGUACGCAAAUUUUAGUGCCGAGAUUGGCAUGAAGUUCUUCGAGCGUUGGCCUGAGCGGAAGGCUCUCUUCGGUGACCUGCCAGAUGACGAGGUUCUUACACCAGAACAAACUGUAGCUCUAGCACAAGCCGUUGCAGAGAGGAAAAAGCGGUUAAUCACCUGGUAUAGGUGGCAGACAAAUCCAUCGCGUCUGGGCCGUACAAGCGGUAUUAGGGGGGUGCUGAGGUUUGACACCGUGUUAGCUGGUGGUGUCGAGAUGAGAGGUACUCGUGCUCCCCAGAAAAUAGACCUAUACUCCCACAAGUUCUAUGAAAAAAAGAUCAAACACGUAGCAGACAAGGCCAUUCAUGAGCAGAACAUUACCGAGCGGGGCCCGAAGUUGAAUAAGCGUCGUGAUAUCAUUCGCCAGAUGUAUGUGGAGGGGAGCGAAGAAGUCAAAGCCAAGAUCGAGAGGAAGUAUUCUAAAACAAAGGCAAGGUAUGCGAAAACUCGUGCAAAUCUGAAAAAGGGGAAGGCGCCAAAAGUCGACGACAGUACUAAAACAAAGGCAAUUCGUGAACUGGGGCCCAUGCUGGAUCGUAUUCUUCAGUACCUCAGGCAUAUUACGGGUGGUUGGAAGUUCACCGUGUUGAUGGGGGGGCAUGAUCCAAGCACAGGCGAAGUGUCUGUAUUCAACUACCAUGUUGGGGAACUCGAGAGUGGCGCGCAGUUCAACCAGGCUUACAGUAACUUUGAUUUGAUGCAGAGCGCUUUCCUGAGCUUUGUCAAGGAUGCCACUGCAUUCGAAUCAGCAUUAUCCCACGAGGCAGAUAGUGCCAUAGACUCAGAUUCGGAUGAUGAAGACGAUGGAGAGACUUCAUCGGGCUCAGAGGACGGCGACGAUGGUGGUGUGCAUGAAAGUUCCAGAGGCUUAUAUAGGAUGCCUGCAUCAGACAGUUCUCUCACUGAUGCCAUGUUGGACUCCACUGCUGCAUCACCCAUCUGCGUCAACAGCCCGGGUGAUAAUGCGGAGCUUUCUGGAUAUGGACAGCAAACUAGGGACGCAGUUCUCGCUUUACAGGGUUACAUUUUGAACGACAGUGAUGCAUUACCCACCAUGGGUGAUGCAUUACCAGCCAUGUGUGAUGCAUCGGGUCAUGCAUCACUUGAUUUACAGGCUGAUUUCCCCCCCAUCGCUGAUACAUCACCUGUUAGUAAUUUACCGCAGGUGUUUGGAUAUUCCCACCCAGUCCCUUCUGACGAACUCUUGGAUGCCGACCCAUCCGCUUUUGAUCCAUAUGCUUUCCUUGACCGUGCCCCCCUCGAGGUGAUAUUGGCCCUCAACUCUUUGGAGUUUCCGCUAUCCGGAGACGACUCCCAGAAUUCAACACACACUCCAGUUGAUGCGUCCACUGGGGCCCGAAAAUACAUGUGAAACCAAGGAUCUUUGAGCGCAAAGCACUGCACUGGCGCUUGUAGUUUUGAGUCGUAUGCCAUAUAAGUUCUGAAUCCGCAUCGUUACAAUCUGUGUUUUGGACAAGGAAAGGUGCCUUCUCGUCAGCAAAAGGCUCUCGCUCCAUCUGUGCUGUUUGGCUCAUGACGAUCCUAGUAUGCGGAAGACCACUGAGUUUCCUGUCGUCUGUGAACACUG